CCUCGGCUAGGAUUCAGAAAGGCUUGAUUCGGUAUCUAUAUCUCGUCAUCGAUUUGUCUAGGGCUGCUUCAGAGACAGAUUAUCGUCCGAAUCGAAUGGCUGUUGUUGCAAAAGGUGCUGAGAUAUUCAUUAGGGAGUUCUUUGAUCAAAAUCCACUCAGUCAUAUUGGUCUCGUGACCAUAAAAGAUGGUGUUUCCCAGUGCUUAACAGAACUUGGUGGCAGUCCAGAUUCACAGAUUAAAGCUUUGAUGGGUAAGCUUGAAUGCUCAGGAGAUGCGUCCUUGCAAAAUUCCCUAGAGCUUGUCCAUGAAUAUCUAAGCCGAAUUCCAUCUUAUGGCCAUCGAGAGGUCUUAGUCCUGUAUUCUGCUCUAAAUACCUGUGAUCCUGGUGACAUAAUGGAGACAGUAAAGAAAUGCAAAAAAGACAAGAUAAGGUGCUCCGUUGUUGGUCUUGCUGCUGAAAUAUUCAUAUGCAAACAUCUAUGUGAAGAGACAGGGGGGUCUUAUACUGUGGCAUUAGAUGAGUCCCAUUUUAAGGAAUUAUUAUUGGAGCAUGCACCACCUCCACCUGCAAUUGCAGAAUAUGCAGCUGCUAACUUAAUCAAGAUGGGAUUCCCACAAAGAGGUGCUGAGGGCGCGAUAUCUAUUUGUUCAUGUCAUAAGGAAGCAAAAGUUGGUGGAGGCUACACAUGCCCACGAUGUAAGGCACGAGUUUGUGAACUACCAACAGAGUGUCGACUCUGCGGGCUUACACUUGUUUCUUCUCCUCAUUUGGCACGAUCAUAUCAUCAUCUCUUCCCUGUAACACCAUUCAAUGAGGUGCCUCAGGUGCUUUUAAAUAGAAUGCACCAGAAGCCAAAAACUUGUUAUGGUUGCCAACAGAGCAUAGGGAGCACAGGAACCAAAACCAGCCUUCAUGUAUCUUGCCCCAAAUGUAAGCAACAUUUCUGCCUUGACUGUGAUAUCUACAUCCAUGAAAGCUUGCAUAAUUGCCCUGGUUGUGAGAGCCAACGAGGAUUGCCUACAUAGACACGUGCUAUAUCGCCUUUUUUUUUUUGCUUUAAUUUCGUUUCAUUGGGUUUGUGUCUGCACCAACCUCAUACUAAGAUUCCGGCUUGUACUCUGGCUGAAAGCAAAGAGGAAUCCAAUUUCUCAGCCCUUCAAGUGCUUUUUGGGUCUUUACAGACACGAGAGAGAAAAAAAAAGGGGGCGGUCUCUCCACCCCAACAUGAGAAAUUUCUGUUUUCUCUUGAGCUUCACUGUGUAUUUUAUCGUCAGAGAUGAAAGUAUGUAUAUUCAUUUGAAUAUAGAAUACCGUGUUGAAGAAAUUUUGCUCGAUC